AUGCAGUUCUUCACCCGCAUCACCGCGCUCGCUGCAGCUGCAGCCCCUUUCCUGGCCCAAGCUGCCCCCGUCGUGGCGCCUCCAGCAAACGAGAUCAUCCCCGGAAAAUACAUCGUUCAGCUGAAGCCUGAUACCGACGUUGCAUCCAUCGCAGCCCACCAUAACACUGUGCGCAGCAUACAUGCACGCAAUCUGGCUCGACGAGGCGACGAUGGUCCCGUCGGUGCCCCAGUGGACCGCGAGUACGGGUUUGGCGACUUCAAAGCCUACGCUGGGUCGUUCGAUGAGGCGACCGUUGAAGAGCUGAAGGCUCUCCCUGAGGUCCUCACCAUUGAACCGGACUUUAUCGUGAGGAUCAACGCGGUGGUGACUCAAGCGAACGCACCGUGGGGUCUAGCCAGCAUCUCUUCUCGCACUGUAGGAGCCACUUCAUACGUGUAUGAUGACACUGCGGGCAAAGGCACCUUCUCCUACGUUAUGGACACUGGUGUUCGUAUCAGUCAUAGCGACUUCGAGGGACGAGCAACUUGGGGCUACAAUGCCGUGAGAGGCACCGCCGACGCCGACAACGAAGGCCAUGGAACGCAUGUAGCUGGAACCGUGGGUGGCGCCAAGUACGGUGUUGCCAAGAAGACCAACAUCAUCGGCGUCAAGGUUUUGGACAGUGACACCGGAAGCGCAUCAGAUGUCUUCGCCGGCUUUGACUGGACGGUCAACGACAUUGUUUCCAAGGGCCGCCAAAACACCGCCGUCAUCAACGUCUCGCUUGGCUCUUCCGCGUCGACAACAUGGGAUGCCGCCAUUACUGCAGCAUGGAAGAAAGGCGUUCUCGUCGUGACAUCGGCAGGAAACGAGGACUCCCCUGCCAUCAACAGCUCGCCAGCUCGCUCCCCUGAAGUCAUCUGUGUUGGAAACAUCGAAAUCACCAACAAGAGGCACAGCGGCGGUGGAGGCUCCAACUACGGCGCUGCGGUCGACAUCUUCGCUGCUGGAACGAACAUUGUAUCGGCGUCCAACCUGGGCGACACAGAAACGAGGACGCUGACUGGUACUUCCAUGGCGUCUCCUCACGUAGCGGGCUUGGUCUCGUAUUUGCGUGGUCUUGAAGGACCUUCGACUGCUGCCGAUGUCAAGGCGAGGGUAUAUGCGCUAGCUACGCCCAAUGUCGUGACGGAUCCCAUGGGCUCGGUCAACCUACUUGCGUUCAACGGUAAUAGCAAGGUGACUACUGCUGGAAGCCCGAGCAACGGUACCGAAAGCACGAGUGAAGAUGCUAGAAUCCAGAGCAAGGGUGUUGUAAGCCCAAGCAACGGCACAGCAGUCCCUUGCAACGGCACUGUCGAAGCACGGAGCUCAUGGAAGCUGUGUGAUACGCGCAAGGAUUCCGAAGCCCGUGAACUUACCCCAGAAGUCGCUACUCCCGUUUGCGAACAAAAGCGAAAACUGAACGAUCUGUACGUCAAAAUCGGACGGCUGUGGGAGGAAAACGAUGCCCUCAAAGAGAACAUCACAGCCUUGAAGGAACAACAGCUUUGCGAUGAAUGCAAGGCGAAAGAUACCAUGAUCGCUCAACUUGAGGAACAAUUCUAUUCUACAGCAGCUGUACGACCCAAGAACGACCCCGACCCCGACGGGGACGCCGCACAGGCGGGACUGCGUAUCGCAUUCUUCAAAGCAGAGAAACAGCUGCGGACCAGCAAUCUAGAGCACGCUGCGGAGAUAGCAAGGAUUAAAGAGGAGCACAAGAUCAUCGCCAGUCGUCUCCACGAGGAACUGUGUGCUGCUCGCACAACUGCCAAGGAAGAACAGACAGAGAGACUACACACGCAAAGACAGCUUUCUGACACCAAGAGGCAGCUCCUCGACUCAGAAAGGCAGUAUCAGAUUUUCUAUGACGCCAUGCCCAAGCCGAGAGGACACAGAAUGACGAGAUCGCCGCUCCCAAUCAUGUCGCCGUCUACUCACAGCGGAGAAGCGGAUGGUUUCUCGUCUUGGGUACCGCUAUCUUCGAGGCUGGAGCCAACAGAACACUCGCAUGGCAAUCAUAGUCAAGACCAUGAGGCUUUUCCGACACCAUUGCAUAACUCUAACGGCUCGCGAUUCAGCGUGGAACAAGACAGUGAGUAG